GUGCACUGCAGCGCGCGCGGCCUGCGCGAGAUCCCGGGCGGCAUCCCGGCCGACGCCGUGCUCCUGAAGCUGGACGGCAACGAGAUCUCCCGCGUCCCCAACGGGGCCUUCCAGCACCUGCCGCAGCUGCGGGAGCUGGACCUGUCCCGCAACGCCAUCGAGGCCGUGGGCCCGUCGGCCUUCUCGGGCCUGGCCGGGGGCCUGCGGCUGCUGGACCUGUCCCACAACCGCAUCCGCAGGAUCCCCAAGGCCGCGCUGGGCACGCUGAGCGCGCAGGUGCGCCUGGCGCACAACCCGCUGCACUGCGAGUGCGCGCUGCAAGAGGCGCUGUGGGAGCUGAAGCUGGACCCCGACUCGGUCGACCACAUCGCCUGCCACUCCGCCGCGCAGGAGGCCUUCGUGGGGAAGCCGCUCAUCCAGGUGCUGGACUCGGGCGUCAGCUUCUGCAGCGCCCACCGCAAGACCACCGACGUGGCCAUGCUGGUCACCAUGUUCGGCUGGUUUGCCAUGGUCGUCACCUACGUCGUCUACUACGUGAGGCACAACCAGGAGGACGCCAGGAGACACCUGGAGUACCUGAAGUCGCUGCCCAGCGCCCCCGCCGCCAAGGACGCCCAGGGCCCCGCGCCCUAGCGCCCGCACGCCGUCCCUCCCCACGCAGGCUUUGGAAGCGGUGGAGACCAUGCCGUGUCCUCCAGGGAGGGAGGCUGGGCACUGGCCUUUUCCGUGUGAAAAGCGCUUCCUUGGGAGGCACGGGCGAGCACCCCUGCCCUGGGAUGGGGGGGCGUGUGCAAGGAAACAGGCUUAGAGAAAGGGGUACUACGGUUGGGGGACGCGGUGAUGUGAGAAUGGACACAGAGGAGGAGGGCCCCCAGGCCUGGAGGGGUGCUGACUCAUGGUGACACCACAGGCAGGUUGGCCCUUGGGUGGCCGGCCAGUGUUUGCCUGGUGCACACACAUCAGAACACGAAAGGCGGUGGCCGUUUGUCCAGUGCAAAGCUCUGAAGACCAGUUUUCUAGAGAAGUCAGUGGAAUUUGGAGCUUUUACUAACCUUUGUCUUCAGAAUGUUUGAGCAAGCAUUGUGCCAAAAUUUUAGUCCAUUGAUCCCCGGGGUGGAGAAAGGUCCAACCCGCGUCUACAGAGUGCAGGUGGCUGCCACAAAAACCCAGCAAAACAGCCCUUCCUGCUUCCAGUACCCAGCCGGAGGCCGCUGCGGACCGCUCACUCCCGUGCCUUGCUUUUGUACCACCCAUGUCCGAAACCUCUCUACAAAGGACAGAAGGACUGCUGUUGGAUGUUUCCAGGCUGUUCAAUGGAUGCUUCUCUUCUCCAGCAACAACUUUUUCUCUUCACUUCUGCUGCCAGGAACUUCAGAGCUCAUUUGUUGCUCAGUUUUCUUACCCAACUUACUUCCUAUUCAGGGUAGCUGUGACUUCCACGUCUAUGACUCUUCAUUUCUAAUUUUACUUUCUACUGUGUUUUUGUAUGUUACACUUUAAGCUACUUCAGAUAUCUGUGUGUGUGGGGAACAAAUAAGUAUAAAUUGGUUAUGAGCUUCAAGUAUAGAUGCCUAAUCAAG